UGCGAUCCCAAGGAAUUCAGACAUUCUCUUCUCUCAUUCUCUGUCUCUCCUCUUUUUCCACCCUGGAAAAUAAGGAGAGAAUAUUCAACCAAGAUUCAAAAUCAUAAUCAAUCAACAACAACAAAAAGAUUCAUAAAUCUAAUCGAUCAUCAUUCAUCAUCUUCUCCAAUUUCACCAAUCAUGUCUCAGGGAACGCUUGAAGUCCUCCUUGUCUCUGCUAAAGGCCUUGAGAAUUCUGAUUUCCUCUCUAGCAUGGAUCCAUAUGUCAUUCUCACUUGCCGUACCCAAGAACAGAAGAGCAGUGUUGCAACAGAUAAUGGAUCAGCACCGGAAUGGAAUGAGACCUUUGUGUUUAGGAUCGCCGGACAUGCUCCAGAACUCCAUCUAAAAAUUAUGGACAAGGAUACUUUUACUGCUGAUGAUUUUGUUGGAGAGGCAAACAUUCCUUUGAAUAUAGUCUUUGAGGAAGGAAGUCUUCCACCUACAGCUUACAACGUUGUCAAAGAUGGAGAAUACAAAGGAGAGAUUAGAGUUGGAUUAACUUUCACUCCUGAGGCGUACCAUGGUCGUGAUCCUCCAGAGGAGGAACUGGGUGGAUGGAAAGAAUCAUCAUAUGAUUGAUUUCUUCACUGCUAGGCUGCUUUACUUCAUUGUUUUAUAGCUUCUCUGUUUGUUUCAACUGUGAAGAACCCAAGUUUGUCUAAGAUGGUGAAUGGAGUCAUCAGUUUAAAUUAAUGGAACAAUGUUCUUCGAGAAUCAAUGGAUGUUGGUUAAUUUAUCUUUUAUUUGUUUA